AUGAGCGUCUCAGACGGACUCGUGGUCUUCCUCUGUAUCGUGGUCGCUGGGAUCGUGGUGGCCGGUGCCGCCGCGCUCCAUCGCGUCGUCGCAAACCACGAGUUUACCGAAGAGCUCCCACAGCCUUCCAACGCACAACAGUCGUACAUGAGAGUAGUGCGGUCGAGAAAAUGGCCCCUUUUCCAUGUCGAUGAACGCCUCCCGCCAUCAACGAUGACGUCGAGCGUGUGA